CUCUGACACUCUGUGUUCAUGCUUGUCAUUGAAAUUGAUCGAUGAUCAUCUUUGUCAAUGUCAAAGAAUGUGUCAGUGAUAUUAUUUACGAAUUUCGGUUUAUUGAUUAAUUUGCCUUAUAAUAUUAUAUUAUAAUAUUAAACUCAGAAUAAAUAACAGCGGUUGCAUCAGAAUUAUUAGUUGACAUAUUCGUUGAGAACAUGAAACUGCAAACCGAUUUGGCAUUCGAUGUUUACGAACGAUUUUAAAAGAUUUAAAUACAUAAACUAUUAUAUGAUCGAAGAUAUACUUUAAGCGUGAACCUUGGAGUGAUAACAGAAAAGAUAAAAUAAAUUCACUAACGAAUAGCUUUUGCAUAUCGAAGCAGUGGAUACAAAUUAGAGACAAGUAUUUACUUACUUUGUCAAAAUGACAACAAAUGAAAAGCCACUACAAGUGCAUCAUUGCUUAUUAAUGCUAAAUAACAUCCAAACACAUAUUCUAUCAUGUGGAAGUCCAUUUGACUGUAAUGGGAAGGAUGUGAUCAUCUGUAUUCCUGGGAAUCCAGGAAUAUCCGAUUUCUACAGAGAAUUUGCUGUUAAAUUACACCGCUUUACCAAUUUACCUUUGUGUGUAAUAGGUCAUGCUGGUCAUGAAGUAGUUCCACAUGAACAGUCUAAUGUCCUAAAAAGCCAGGAGCACCUUUUUGAUCUCGAAGGUCAAAUCAAACAUAAGCUGGACUUUCUCAAUAAAUGCAUCGACAAUCGAAGCAGGUUACAUUUCAUUGGACAUUCCAUUGGAGCAUGGUUUAUAUUAGAAAUUCUGCGUGAUCAUGAAAGUAUACUCAACAGAGUUGCUUCUGUCAAUCUAUUAUUUCCAACUCUGCAAAAAUUGGGAGAAACUAGAAAUGGAAAAUUUAUAACCCACUUUGUGAAAGUUAUCCACAGCUUAGUAUUAUUUUUAUUUCUUUUGGCUUAUUUGUUACCAGAUCCAGUAGUAUUCUUUUUAGUUAGACUUUAUUUAAAAUUUAAUUCAUACCCAAUGUAUAAUUUUAUUGGUGUAAACAAGCUUUUAAAUGUAGAAGUUGGAGAGAAAAUGUUACAUUUGGCUUAUGAUGAAAUGAAUAAUGUAAAAAAUUUGAAUGUUGAGGUGUUAGACAAAAUUAAACAUAAGACAAAUGUAAUAUACAGUAAUAAAGAUAACUGGGCCCCAGUGUCUUACAUGGAGGACCUGAAACAGUUUGAACCAGAUCUCAAAAUGACAAUGGUGGAUAUUGAUCAUGCAUUUGUUUUGAAAUCAUCAGAACCAGUAGCUGAUAUGGUGGCACAGUUUAUAAAUCCAUUAGCCCCACAAUCAUGUGAUCAGGAAUAAUAAUUUUUAGAGGGUACCCAAAAUAAUAAUUACAACUGUGAAAUAUUUUAAUAACAUAUUUUAUCUCAUCUAUUGACCUCAUAUUAGAAUGUACUUAGUAUGUUUCCAUAGUCGGCUGGUGGAUGUUAGGACACACUUAAUUAAUUUGAGCAACUCAUACCUAGCAGACAGUAAUAGAUGUAAGGGAAUAGUUAAUUUUUUAUUUUUGGUGAUAUUGUGUUGUUUAUAUAUAACCUAUGGUCCUGCAGCAAACAUAAUAUUGCGUCCUUAUGAAAUAAAAUACUGUAGAAAGGGUAACUUACUUAAAAUUUGUUUAAGGUCUAAAGAUCAACUAUAAGUAUAACCAUUUGUUGGAACAUAUUUAACCCAUGUGAUAUCAUUAUUUUAAGCUAUUUAAAACCUAUUUUGUUUUGGUAAGAUAUAUUUUGUUUGAAAGAAAGGACUCCAAGGGUCUUCAUAUAAAACUGAUUUUCUGAUAGUAAUUCUAUUCAGCAUUUAAAAUAUUUUUAUUAUAACCAGCUUAACUGAUAAUAGCUACUUUCUGAAAGAUAGGUUGUUACUGGUUACUACGUAGAAAUGAAAAUGUUAUUUGUAGUUUAAGGAUUUUUAAGUGAAAGUAAGAAAAGAGGCAAAAACAGCUAAUUAAAAUCAAUAAAUCGAUUAUGACAAUAGAAAGAUCUGGGCCAUUUGGGCCGAUAGAGAAAACAGAGUUUUUUUUUUUAGAUUUGCUGUUUGAUUGCAUUUACCAGGAUUUGUCUGGUGGUUUAAAUACCUACACAAUGUAAAUUUUAACUAAGCAAAUUUUUGUCUAGUGAAAAAAAAAGUUAACUGUCUCUGGGAAAACGUUGGGGAGGCGGAUGUCUGUAUCUCUAAAAGUCAGUAAAAGUGAACUAUAACGACCAGGGCGCCGUUUUGGAUAUUUACAAUGGCAAUUGGAUUAAAUUUUAAAAUUCAUUAUAUUAACCUUAAGUGUGCCGUGCCAUACUGAAUUUCUAAUUAUUGUUUAGGAUAAAUGCUUAAUAGAAUAAAAAAAAUCAUUUUUAGCCAAUUUUCAUUCAUCCCUCGGCCAUUGUAAAUAGCAGAAUUGCCCUGCCCUGAAGAUAGGGAGGAAUACCUACAUUCCUACAGUCUAGCAUAGCUUGCCUCUCUUAUUCAUAAACCCUUUUAAUUUAUUCAACCAUUUGUUAAACGACUUCAAAGGUGAGAGGCCUAAAUUGGAAAGUAUUUUACUUAAUUAAAACUAGAGCUCGAGCGGCCUAGUCGCUAGUGGUAGCUGUGUUAUAAUUAUUGAUAAUUCUAAUCUAUCCAUAGGUUAUUACUAAUAACCUCCGAUAAUAGCAAGCGCAAACGAUUUUGAUAAGGUUUAGAUAUUAUAUUAAUAACAUUUAAUUAAUCCGAUUGCUAAACACGUUUUGAUUGUUUAGGUCUUUUGACAUAAAGUUAGAUGCAUUUUACAAUGAUGCCACUCAACAAAAGAUAACUCUCGCUGACUAGCUGAUGAUAUCUACUUCGGAAUAAACAUUCCUGAUUAUAUCUUAUAGGUAUAUUUAGGUACAAGUUAUGAUCAUCACUGGGUAUCGUGCGGAUUUUUCCACACGGUUGUUUUGCGGUCCACAGACUACACCCCACAUUUCUAUAAAUUUGUUUAUUCAAUAAAUUCAUGAACUACCUACCUACUUCAGAAGGAGGGUUUCUCUUUUCGGUUGAUAUUUUUUGCUUUAGUACUUAAAAUUAAGUAAAACACCGCAACGAUCUGAAAAUAUUUACCCAAAAUUUAUCUUUCAUUAUCAUUGUAAAUGUUGACUCUCUUUGUUGCAGAACUGUGGGUUAAUGGUUGUUGUUGUUUUAUAUAAAUAUGUUUUUAUUCGUCUUUUAAGUUGCCAACAUGUCAAUCUGCAUAUUUUACCUUAAAUCUGCAUUUCUUAUUUUUUUUUUGGGCUGUGUCAAUUUACUAAAAGGGAUUAUGAUAAGUGUAGCUAUUCCAUUUUUAUACGUAAUAUGUAAGUCUAUUUACUAUAUUAUAGGCACUAAAUUACCUAUGUAUCAUAAAAUGAAUUGUGAAAACCAAGUGCUAGUCAAUAAAUUUUGUAACUUACUUAUGA